CUUCCUAACACAAUCUAGUCGUCGUGCUCAUUACUAUCAGCUAUUACCUAUCCCCAUACCCGCCCCUCACAGCGCCGAGCUUGGGGAAUCUAGCUCAAGCUGCGUCGUCAGUCGCCUCAUUUCGAGAGGCGUGACCGCGGAUCCGAGCCGACGGCUUGACCCCGUGGUCUUGUGAAUCUCCCGCCAAACCCGCCUGUCCAACACUACUACCAUGGGAGUGGUGCUGGUCCUGAUCCUGGCCAUGGACCGGUUGUCUGUUGCCGUCAACCGAGCGGACCCAACGGACUUGAUAUGGUCCCCUUUCCUAUCUACUGGACCUUUCCUAUCUACUGGAAACAGCCUCUUCCGUGUUUACCAAACCGAGACCGCCAUGGGCCGUUUCGGUUCGCUCCCCUGGACUGACCUAGCCGGGGGGUCACCGCUACAUUAUUCCUCACUUCAAGAUCGACUUCUUGGUCUAGGUAGUAAGCUAGGGCAGUCGUCUCUUGUGCAACUCCCAGCUAAGAAGGGAAAGGUCCCGACUUGGAAAAACGAAAGUGGCAGCAGACUUGACGCGCGUCUCUUUCUCUUUCUCUGUGGAUUCCACCGCUUGGGUGGAUGGGCCCACUCCUUCCUGCCAGCACAACUUACACUCUAGUCUGGGGGGGGGGGGGCAAUUGGCUAAGGUAACAUGAUCUGAACCUUUCCUCUUCUUCCAGCUCGAUGUCUUUGCACUCGUGCCGAUGCCGUAGAACGGCAAAGUGCGUGCGUCCACGCAGAAGACGCAAAGUUGUGUUUGAUGGCGGAUAUUGGUUCCGGAACCAUAUGCCCAAAGACUCAAGUGUAUCUGCUC